CUCCCCCUGUUGCCUCGAUGCGGGCACCAGAAGUGCGAGGCUGUUGCUCCUCUUCUGGUGUCCUGCGGCCCCUCUCAAGGAGGAGCGCCCCCAGCAAUUCAAACCGACGGAGGGAAGGCACCAACUGUGCCCUGGAUUGUCGCUGGGGAGAGCGAUGCCGUUGCCCUCUCUGCGUAUGUGCUGCAGGUCUAUCGCAAGUCGGGGGACGCCAUCUGACCACCGAUCGUGGCCAGGCCGAUCCUGUAGUCUCGCCUGCCUGCAUUUACCACGGACGGACAUACUCCGUUCGCAGGCCCACGGUGGGCCCAUGAUCGCUGAGGUGGUCAUUUGACGUGCCUCGAGAACACAGAGCCUCCCGAACAGGAAAGCGACCACCUUUGCAGAAAACUCCUCUCGGAGGAGAACCGCCAGCUAAUUCAAAAGCGUGCGCCCGUCGCUUCGGGGACCAACUCCACUACAAUCAACCGCACAUUUGGACUGCCCAUUCCGUUCGUGCCGAGCACACAAGGUAGAUCGGCGCCGGAGGCGCCGACAAGGGCAAAUGAGAUUUGCCAGCUAGUUUAAAAAAAGGCGUGCGUCCGUCGCUUCGGCGCAAAAGGGUCCCUAAUUACCACAUGCCCGCUGGACUCAUGGCGGGAUGCGGCAAGCUCGGGAGCGGAGCGAGGCGACAGGACAUGAUGUCAACGCACUUCCCCGCCUUCCCUCAAAGCUCAAACGAGAUGGUUCGCCUGAGAGCGACGCGCAAGAGGCGGCCGCUCCCAGAGGGGGAGGGGGCGCGCCGGCCAGAGCCUAUAGCCUGGGCGUACAGCGCCGCGGGGACCAGCACGACUGGGCAGCCGGCCGCGAGCACGGCCCGGCGCUCCAGGCCGCCACGCCGGCCGCCGCCCCCCAGCGCGUCCCGCAGCAGCAACGCCCCCAGCAGCGUGCCGCCUCGGCCUCGCCACGGCCGCGGUCGCUCGCGCGCCGCGCCAGCCCAGUCUUUAGGCGCGCCCCUGGCGCCUUGCUCCAGCAGCCCCGCGCAGUAGCCGGCGCCCCAGCGCCCGCCGCAGCCGCCCCGUCAGUCGGUGCCCGGCCCCGCGACAAGAGCCGUGUCAGCACGCUGCCACCAAAACGAGGCAGAGGAGAACGUGAUCGGAUGA